CUGUGAAAGUUAAGAAGAAGAUUGAAUGUAAACAGCUGGACGUGUUGCACAUGUGCCUUGGAAUCGACUCCAAAAGCAAGACACGAAUCAGCUAUGUACCAUCUUGGAGAGGAUCUGCCGGGAAACGAUGUAGACGAUAUCGAGGAUCUGAUAUCCGCCGACGAUGUGAAGCCGCGAGAGCGCUACGAAAAUAAGAAAAACGUGACAGUGCGGGCCAAGAAGCGCAUUCAAAUCCGUCCUGAAACCGAGGUGGCAGAGGAAAAAUCAAAACCCACGAUUCACGAGAGUGUGAUUCCCGGCACCCAAAAGGUGUUUGUUAAAACAUGGGGCUGUGCCCACAACAACUCGGACUCGGAGUACAUGGCCGGUCAGCUGGCUGCCUUUGGAUACAGAUUAAGCGGCAAGGAGGAGGCUGAUCUUUGGCUGCUCAAUAGCUGCACGGUGAAGAAUCCCUCGGAGGACACGUUUCGCAAUGAAAUCGAGUCCGGCAUGCGAAAUGGCAAACACGUAGUCGUCGCAGGAUGUGUCCCGCAGGGAGCUCCGAAAUCGGACUACCUAAACGGUCUUUCCAUAAUUGGUGUCCAGCAGAUUGAUCGAGUGGUGGAGGUCGUUGAGGAGACCCUUAAGGGUCACAGUGUCCAACUGCUGCAAAACAAGAAGAAGGUCCAUGGUAGGCGGGUGGCUGGAGCUUCGCUUUCACUUCCCAAGGUUCGCAAAAAUCCAUUGAUCGAGAUCAUAUCCGUCAAUUCCGGAUGCCUAAAUCAAUGCACCUACUGCAAGACCAAGCAUGCCCGUGGAGAUCUGGCCAGCUAUCCACCCGAAGAGGUUGUAGCACGUGCCCGCCAAUCUUUCGCUGAAGGCUGCUGUGAGAUCUGGCUAACGUCCGAAGAUACUGGAGCUUACGGUCGAGACAUAGGGAGCUCACUGCCGGAAUUACUCUGGCAGUUGGUGGAAGUAAUCCCAGAACACUGUAUGCUUCGUGUUGGCAUGACCAAUCCACCCUAUAUUCUGGAGCACCUCGAGGAGGUAGCAAAGGUUCUUCAGCAUCCGAGGGUCUACGGAUUUUUGCACGUUCCCGUGCAGAGCGGUAGUGACUCCGUGCUAGGUGAAAUGAAGAGAGAGUACUGCCGGCAGGAUUUCGAGCAUGUUGUGGAUUUCUUAAGAGAGCGUGUUCCCGGUGUCACGAUUGCCACUGAUAUAAUUUGUGGAUUCCCAACAGAAACAGAGGAGGACUUUGAAGAGACGAUGACAUUAUGCGCCAAGUACCGAUUUCCUAGCCUGUUCAUUAAUCAAUUCUUUCCACGUCCGGGAACUCCAGCUGCUAAAAUGGAGCGCAUACCAGCGAAUCUUGUCAAAAAACGAACCAAACGGCUUACAGAUCUUUUCUACAGCUAUGAACCAUAUUCGGAAAGAGUGGGUGAAAUAUACACCGUUCUGGUCACAGAAAUUUCACACGACAAGCUCCACUAUGUGGGCCACAACAAGAGCUACGAGCAAGUACUACUACCUAUGCGGGAAAAUCUUCUUGGUACUCGUGUCCAUGUGAGAAUAACAAGCGCUAGUAAAUUCAGUAUGGUUGGAGAGAUUUUGGAUGACGAACGUGACUGGACGAGAUGUGCAAAUAAGCAGGAGGUACCGGAGAAUAAAGUCCAAACCAGGAGCAGGGAAAUGAUAAUACAACGCUAUGUUGGCAUUGCCUUGGUGGUAGGAAGUCUAGCUUUUCUGAUUCAGUUACUUAUACGGUUUCUUUAACUGAUUAAAUAAAACAAGGUCUCGUUCCGAAUUCAUAAUUUAA